AUGUCAACGAGGUCAAAAGAGUUUAGUUAAUUAGCAAAAGAAUGCGAAAAAGACUUAAGAGAUUUGGUAAAUUUGCCAGAUAAUUAUGCAGUGCUGUGGACAUAAUCUGGAGCAUUCCUCCAAUUCACAUCUGUGCCUUUCAAUAUUGGUGGAAGCCGAGAGAACACAGCAACUUACGUUGAGACAGGUCACUGGAGUAUGGAAGCUGCUAAAGAGGCUAGAAAGUUUAUUAACGUAGCUCCUGCGUGGAAGCCUUAAUAAGAAGAAUAUCUUUUCACUUUACCAGAGACAGAAGAGUUAAAUAUUCACAAGGACUCAAAGUACGUUUACUAUUGUGAUAAUGAGACAGUUCAUGGAGUGGAGUAUCACACACCAAUUGUCACAGAGGGAGUACCAGUUGUUUGUGAUAUGACUUCGAGUUACUUAACCAAGCCUAUCGAUUGGGAUCGAGUAGAUGUAGCGAUUUCAUCUGCACAAAAAAACCUUGGCCCAUCUGGCAUUACUUCAUUGAUUGUAAACAAAGAUCUACUUGGGAGAAAAAGAGAUGAUACUCCCAUUAUGUGCGAUUGGGAAACCUAACACAACUGUGGUGGAUUCUAUAAUACUCCAAAUGUCUUUGCCCUAUAUUUGUGCGGACUAACCUUGAAGCAUUUGAAAAAAUUUGGUUUAGAGUUUUAUGAUGAUUUGGCUAAACAAAGAUCUAAGUUAAUCUAUGAUGUAUUUGAUAGCUCAAAUGGAUUCUACAAAAAUAAGGUUAAUCCGAAGCAUAGAAGCAGAAUAAACUGUCAGUUUACUCUUAAAUCGAAGGAGGAAGAUGACAAAUUCCUGAAGGCAGCUGAUGAGGCUGGUUUCCUCUUUUUGUAUGGACAUGACAAAUAUGGAGGAUGUAGAGUUAAUAUGUACAAUGCUAUGCCUCUAGAAGGAGCAGAGAAACUUAGAAAUUUUAUGAAGCAAUAUCAAGAUGAGCAAGAAAGAUUGUGA